AUGCCCAUCACGCAAGGGCGGCGCCUUCGUUACGGUCCCACACAUCUCACUGAGGCGGACAAGCUCAUGUUCAUCAUGGCAGUUGAAGAAGGGGUGAGGCGAGGGGUACCGAAGGCGAAGACGACGGAGGCGUGGGGAUUGAAUAAAAACGCGUAUUCUGUUUACAAGAAGCAAUACGAGGACGGCGACCUCGAGCCUAAGAAGAUCACCGGGCGGCCGCCGGAGUUCAACGAGGAAGUACGGAAGUACGUGUAA